AUGAGAAAAUCCAACACGCUCAUCUUAUAUUCUCUCAUCUCCAUCCAAUUCCUAUGUAUGCUAAAGACGAACAAUGCCGAGACAUGUGACACAAGAAUCUGUAAGAAAACACCGUCUUUCAACAAUACUAGUACCAUCGAAAAAGACUACAUCUCAAUACAAUUUCCAUUCCGCUUAAUAGAUGGUAAGGUCAAUUGCACUUGUGGUUCUCCCGGGUUUGACAUGUAUUGCGACGACAAGCUAGGAGGGCCGCUCCUUGAACUCCCUAAGGCCGGAAACUUCACCGUCGAUUACAUAAUUUAUCCUACAAGAGAUAUAAACCUUUCGGAUCCAAAUAAUUGUCUUCCACAAAAACUUUUAUCUUUGGAUCUUACAACUUCACCUUUUCGGCCAGGAAGCCUAGUUAGUAAAUAUCAAGUGUAUAACUGCUCCGGGAAUGCUGAUGAUUACCGCUUAUUCGACGGUAAAAUUGGUUGCCUCGAAGGUUCAAAUUAUACCAUUAUAGGUGCGGGUCCAUACACUAGAGUUGUCAAUUCCAAUUGUACGUUUGUGAAGAAUGUUUCUGUUCCAACUAUCUUUGACUAUUACCAUCUCAAUGAGCUGAAUCAACAUUCUAGUAUUUACCUUACUUGGGAUAUACAAGAACAUACCUGUCUUCAUCCAAGUGCUUCUAGCUCGAGGGAGCAAAAACCACGAAAAUAUUUUUGGAUAGGAAUAGGAGUAACAGCACUAGUAGCUGUCUCCUUGAUUCUAUUACUAGUUCGCUGCUAUCGCGGUUCUCUGUCCUCAUGGAGAAAUGUUGAAGCAUCAACCACUGCCACCACAAAUACAAAUCAUGUCGGACUAGAUCAGAUCACGAUUAACUCAUAUCCGACGGUGUUGAUAGGCAAGAGCGGACGCAUGAUCAAACCGGACGAUGACAAUUGUCCAAUAUGCUUGGCGGAUUACAUCCCUGGUGACUCCCUUAAAGUGUUACCAGGGUGUCUUCAUCGCUUCCAUGUUGAUUGUAUUGAUUUAUGGCUUUCUGCUAAACCUACUUGCCCAAUUUGUAGAACUUUUCCACCACUUAAUUCUUAA